AUGUCGUCAGUAGCUGCUACUAAUCGUGCUAGUGAAAUGUGGAAUAGUGUGGAUGUGAAUAACCACAGUGCAAAGGAUACUAAACAUUACGGCUAUAGACAAUUCCCCGCGAUGCCCCAUUACUAUAACUACCAAAACAACUUUUACUCUCAAAAUUGUGAUUAUACUAAUGCGCCGAAUGUUGAUUAUACUACAAAAGUAUAUGGGGGUGACAUUCACAGUGAAAAUUUAAUUAAGACUGAACCGGCUCAUUGGCAAGGUUAUCCUAGUAACUAUAUCAAUGGUAACAAUCACCAUAAUAUGGAAAUGAUUAACAAAUGGAGAGAAAUUAACUACUACACACAGCAGCAGCAUGAGCACUAUGCGUAUGAUCAAAGAAUUAGUCAAUUAUCGAACCAAAAUUGCUCGGAUCCUAAAAGUGAGGAUGCCAGAUCCAUAAACUCUCCCAGUCAGUGUAGUGUUUCUGAUACCAACUACGGAUCACCACAAAGCGUUUCGAGUAACGUGAAAGUUACUCCUGAAGAUGACGAUUCACCAAAUCUGAGAUCUUUGCUUACGAAACCUCGCAUCAAGAAAACAUCGGCGUAUUUUAUAAAAUCUGAGAAAUUGUACAAGCAAGAAAUGAUGCAACGGAUGAUGUAUCCCACAGGCGAGAUUGAAGAUUGGGAAAAAAAUAAUGAAACUGCAACUGAGACAGAAUGCAAUUUGUCGCAAUUUCAUGGUGGAUUCGAAAACAGCGUUGAGGGUCAGACGUCAAUCAAGAGCAAAGGUACCGUGGGUGGGGCGCCGGCCGCGAACGAAGGCGCACCGUCAUCGGCGGAUGCCGAACCCUGUCAGGAUGUGACGAGGGUCGAAGCAGGCGGGGACAAUACGGAUUACGCUGAGAACAAAAUGGCCGCUGCACCCGAUGCACAGGCAUACUACCCAUGGAUGAAAGGCGUUGGUGGUGAUGACAAAAAGGAAGGAUCAAAACGAACCAGGCAGACUUACACUCGAUUUCAAACAUUAGAACUAGAAAAAGAGUUUCAUUUUAAUAAAUACCUAUCAAGACGACGGAGAAUAGAAGUCUCACAUGCAUUAGGACUAACAGAGAGGCAGAUAAAGAUUUGGUUCCAGAAUCGCAGAAUGAAGGCAAAGAAAGAUGGCAAGCUGAAUACGUCACCAGAUCCAUAUGGGGUCGAAGAGAUGGCCGCUACUAAAUUAGGAAAUUUACCGGAGUAUAUGGACACGAGACAGGUGCCAGGGUUAGCUGAAUUUCCUAAUUACAUUAAUGGUGCACCAGUUGGUAAUAUGGGUUCUGUGCCACCUAAUGUACAGCAAAAUUGUAUGAUGUCUACUUAUAGAAUGGUUCCCUAA